AUGUCAGAAGAGAUUAAAACAAUCCACAUUUUAAUUUCUUCAGAUGACAAGUUCAACAAAUCCUCAGGCUAUUCAUCCCUCUUGCAAUUUCAGCAGCAUUCUUGCGUCAACACUUCUUCUCUACAAUCCCUCGCUCACUCCGCCCAAUCCAUAAUCUCCUCCAUAGUUUCCGACAUCUUCGACCAUGACGAUGAAGAAAUAGCCACUCAAGCGUUGAAGUGUUUGGGGUUCAUGCUUUAUCAUCCAUCCAUCGUUUCCGUCCUUCGAGUGGAUGAUGUCAAUUCGAUUCUGGUUACAUUGCCCAAACUUAUUACGACUACAAAAUUGAAGUCUGCUUGUAAUUUAGGGGUAUGGUGUUUAUCUGUCCAGCAGUUGGGAACAUCAUUUCUUGUUACUCACUUUCAUUCUUUGUUACGGGCAAUUGUUCAUGCCCUAGACAAUCCUAUGGGUUCUUUGUCCACAACAUUUGAAGCUACCCAGGCUGCGAUGAAGCUUUCAGGUCAAUUAAGCGAACAAAUGAAAGGCUCAUCCCAUAUAUGGGCUCCCCCAAUAUACAGGAGACUUCUCAGCACAGAUAAGAGGGAGAGGGAUGCCUCAGAUAGGUGCUUGUUGAAGAUAAGAUCUACAGUCAUUCCUCCUUCUCUGGAUCUCUCUAAGGUUAUUGUCAAAGAUAUGAAGAUAAAACUGCUCAAUGGGAUGAAGGUUUUGCUAGACAAUGGUAUGAAGACGCAAGCUGUGCGUGCAUGGGGAUGGUUUGUCCGAAUGCUUGGAUCCCAUGCUUUAAAGAGUAGGCAUUUAGUUAAUGAUAUGCUGAAAAUUCCCGAACGUACAUUUACAGAUCUUGACCCACAAGUUCAAAUUGCUACACAGGUUGCUUGGGAAGGUCUUAUUGACGCUCUUGUUCACUGUCCAUUAUUGGUUUCUGAUAAAAACGCAUCAGAGGAGAAUGCUCUAUUAGGAAGGAAAAAUUGUGAUGAUCAAGUAAAUGGAUUUUCCAAAAGCAUAAAGCUAAUAAUGACGCCACUGAUUGGCAUGAUGUCCUGUAAAUGUGAUAUAUCAGUUCAUUUAUCCUGCUUAAACACGUGGUGUUAUUUGCUAAGUAAGCUUGAUAUCUCUAUCAAUGAACCAUCAAUAAUAAAAAUGGUUUUACAGCCUAUACUUAAAGCAAUAUUCCAGAAUGGACCUGAUGGCAAUAACAUCUGCUUAUGGAACUUGGGCCUUGAUCUGCUUACUGAUAGUAUUUCGCAGAAGAAUAGGGAUGUUUUCUACCAGUCAACUGGCUCGGUAAGCCACAGAAACUCUGAAAACAAACAUUCUCAAUCUGGAAAAUGCUCUCGGAAGCAACAACAACACCUAAUUAGAUGGAUGCCAUGGAACAUCAACCAAUUGGACUUUUAUCUGAGUACGAUUUUUCAUCUCAUCCAUCAAGCAUCUAGGCCAACUGUCGCUUAUGAUCAUAAAAGUCAUAUUUAUGAUGCUGCUUUGAAGUUAUUUACAUAUAUUCUGAAAGGAGUCAAACUGGAUGUGAAAAGUCCAUCGACUAAUUACGAUGGUAUGAUGCAGUGCUUGACCUCAUUAAUAACAUUUAUCAAGAAAAUAUGUGAAGAUUUAUGCUCAGAUGUUGGAGAAAAUUAUGAUGUUCAUUGUAUUGCCAUUCAGUUUAUAGAUGCUAUCACAAAGGAGUUAGGUCCUUCUAUCUUGGGAUCUCCUCUGUACAAUAUUUCUUUAGAUCUAAAGUACAUUGAGGACACGCAAUCAGUUGAUCAUAACAAACAUGUAAAAUUUCUUAGUGUCAGUUGUGUUUCAUACAUGGAUAAGGUCUCUCCAUUGGUUUAUUUGAUAGCACUGUACUUCUACAUGGUGGUGCAGUUAACCAUGAAAUACCAUCAAACAGAUCACGUAUCACAAGGGAUGUGUGAAUAUUUUAAAUUUAUCUUUUGUUCAAGUGAUCCCGUGGAAGCUCUCCUCACCAGUAUUAGUUUCUUGUACAGACACGUUCAACCAAUUUACUUAGACUUAUGGAUAGCAUUAUCUCAAGGUUUGAAUUACUGUGUAUCUAAUGCAAACUGCGAGUCAAUACAGGAAGCCUUGUCUGACAGCAUUGUAUAUUCUUCCAUAUGCCAUCUUUUAAUUUACCCCAUCGUGGCACUUUCUGAAGUUCCAAGAAUGACCUUGACAAAAGCCAGUGCCUCUGUGGAUAAGUAUCCUGUAUCACCAGAAAGAAAGGCGAGAUUUGAACUGGUUAUUCAAACAUGGAAAGCACUUCAUGGAUCUCUUAGCACCUCAUUCAUUGGUUGCUCAUCCACCACCAAUUUCUCUGGGGAUCUGUGCUUGAUGUUAAGCAGCUACCUUGAUGAAAAUAUUGCCAUGGUUGAGAGCGGUGCUGAUUUUGAGUUACCAUGCAAUGAUGCAGAUCUUGGUGUCCUUCAUUUAUCUGGCAAUUUCUUGAUAUGCAUUCUAGAAAAGAUUCAGACUGCGAAAUUAGUUUCUGAAUUGGACAGAAGUAACUUUGACUAUGAUAGGAAAAUAUUGUUCUGCAUAAAGAACUGCUUAAAAUGUGUUGCCAAGUAUAUGACUUUGUUGAGGAUAAAAAUGGUGCGAGACCCGCUCCCUGGAUUUGUUGGGACCUCAAGGCUAUAUUCUGCGUUGACAUGCUUUAUUAGUUGCCUUCACUGGAAGCAAGAUAUUCUUCAUGUUCUGAAGAUUGUUUCCUUACCACUGCUUGAAUGGCUAUCAAAUAUGGGAAUGCAGGAUGAAAGAACAAACGACCAACUCCAACUUCUCUGGACAGAAAUUCUAGGCUGCUUAAGAAGAAGUCAACCUCCAAUAAACUUUGGUUCCGCUUUACUCAAACUUCACGAACCUCUAUUUGAAAAAACUCUCGAUCACCCAUAUCCCUCCAUUUCAGGGCCAACCAUAAACUUUUGGAAUUCUACAUUUGGUCAGCAAAUUAUUUUGGAUUUCCCCUCGAGUCUGCUUAGAGUCUUGGACAGGCUAUCCAGAAAUGAAAAAUUAAAACUCCAGAAGAGAAGCGUACCCUAUCUUAAGAAAUGUCAUUCUCCUGAAGAAGCCAAUGAUGAUCUACAGGGGACUUCUAAGAGGGUGGAACUAGUGUUGGAUAAACUAAAAGAGGCUCCUCCUUUAAGUUGUAAAAAGAGGAGGUUAGAACUGACUGAGCAUCAAAAGGAAGUUAGGCGAGCACAGCAAGGAAGGGAGAGGGAUACUGGAGGGCAUGGCCCAGGAAUUAGAACUUACACUAAUGCGGACUUUACACAAGGGCAUGAUGAUUCGCAAGAAAGCCAAGAGGAUAUAGUAAGAGAUCCUGAAGCUAUAUUACAGAUGCUGUUAAAAACUAUGCAUUUCUUGAAUCCAGUGUUUCCGGUGGUAUCAUUCAAGAGGAACGUUGACGAAGCUGAAAAGAUGACGAUAAAACCUGGUGUUCGCGUUUCGGAGGGGAAGCUUGUGGUUAAGGAGAGAACGAUUCUGACAGGAAUACCGGAGAACGUGGUGGAGACAUCCACAGUGGAAGGAAUGUUUCUGGGAGUGGAUUUGGAGAAGGAAGAUAGCAGACACGUGGUUUCCUUGGGAACCAUGAAGGAUGUGAGGUUCAUGGCGUGCUUCCGGUUCAAGCUCUGGUGGAUGGCCCAGAAAAUGGGAGAGAGAGGGAGUGAAAUUCCUUUGGAGACUCAGUUUCUGUUGGUGGAAACCAAAGACGGGUCCCACCUCGAAUCACAAAACGACAACAACGACCAGAAUCAGAUCGUAUACACAGUUUUUAUCCCUCUUGUAGAAGGCUCCUUCAGAGCGUGUCUACAGGGGAAUUCCAACGAUCACCUUGAACUCUGUCUCGAGAGUGGUGAUGCCGACACCAAAGCGUCCUCGUUUAGCCAUGCAAUCUUCAUCAGCUCCGGCACCGAUCCAUUCGCCACCAUUCAUCAUGCUUUCCGUGCCGUCAGGAACCACCUCAACACCUUCCGCCUCCGCCAUGAGAAGAAGCUUCCUGGCAUCGUGGACUGCUUCGGCUGGUGCACCUGGGACGCAUUCUACCAGCAAGUUACUCAGGAAGGAGUGGAAGCCGGAAUCCAGUCCCUCAGCGGCGGCGGGACGCCGCCGAAGUUCGUCAUCAUCGAUGAUGGAUGGCAGUCCGUCGGCGGAGAUGACGAGGAGGACGGGAAACAGAACUCGAACUCGUUGCAGAGGCUGACGGGGAUAAAAGAGAACGCGAAAUUUCAGAAGGAGGAAGAACCGCAAUUAGGGAUUAAGAACAUCGUGGACAUAGCGAAGAAGAAGCACGCGGUGAAGCACGUGUAUGUGUGGCAUGCAAUCACGGGUUACUGGGGCGGGGUUCGUCCAGGGGUGAAGGAGAUGGAGGAGUACGGUUCGGUGAUGAAGUACCCGAAGGUGUCUUGCGGAGUGACGGAGAACGAGCCCGCGUGGAAAACCGACGUGCUCGCGGUUCAGGGUUUGGGGCUUGUGAACCCUAAGAAGGUGUUCUCGUUUUACGACGAGUUGCACAGUUAUCUGGCGUCGGCGGGUGUAGACGGCGUUAAGGUGGACGUGCAGUGCAUUUUGGAGACUCUGGGUGCGGGUCUCGGCGGAAGGGUGGAACUGACCCGACAGUACCAUCAGGCUCUGGACGCUUCGAUUUCUAGAAACUUCCCUGACAACGGUUGCAUCGCCUGCAUGAGCCACAAUACGGACGCGCUCUACUGUUCGAAACAGACGGCGGUGGUGAGGGCUUCGGACGAUUUCUACCCGCGUGAUCCGGUGUCGCACACUAUCCACAUUGCGUCCGUGGCGUACAAUAGCGUCUUCCUCGGCGAGAUCAUGUUGCCCGAUUGGGAUAUGUUUCAUUCGCUUCACCCUGCGGCGGAGUACCACGCUUCUGCUAGGGCCAUCAGCGGUGGGCCUCUCUAUGUGAGCGAUGCGCCGGGGAAGCAUAAUUUCGACCUGCUUAAGAAGAUGGUCUUGCCCGAUGGGUCGGUGCUUCGGGCCCGUCUUCCCGGGAGGCCCACUAAGGACUGCUUGUUCAGCGACCCGGCCCGCGACGGAGUGAGUUUGUUGAAAAUAUGGAACAUGAACAAGUUCGGUGGGGUGUUGGGAGUUUAUAACUGCCAAGGUGCUGCGUGGAGUGCCGCCGAGAAGAAGAAUGUGUUCCAUCACACUGACUCUGCUUCCAUCACUGGCUUUGUGAGUGGUCGUGAUGUGCACCUCAUUGCAGAGGCUGCUGGUGAUAGCGAUUGGAACGGUGACUGCGCGCUCUAUUCUCACCACUCUAGGAAGCUCAUUGUGCUUCCGCACAAUGUGGCUCUGCCGGUGUCCCUUAAGGUGUUGGAGCACGAGGUGUUUGCUGUUGCGCCUGUUAAGGUUUUGGGUCCUGGGUACAGCUUUUCCCCUCUUGGACUCCUGAACAUGUUCAAUGCUGGCGGUGCCGUUGAAGGGCUGGUCUAUGAGGUGGGGGAUAGCCAGGGGCUUGUUCGUGUGGAGAUGAAGGGGUGUGGUAAGUUCGGGGCUUAUUCGUCGGCAAGACCAACUAGGUGUCUGCUGGGUAACAACGAGAUUGAUUUCGAUCACGAUGCUGAUUCUGGCUUGCUAACCUUCAACAUAGAUCACUUGCCGCAUGAGGGACACAGGGUUCACUUGGUUGAGUUAGUUUAUAGUCUAUCUAGUUAG